AUGCCAACGGACAACGUCGCCGAGUCUGAUCUGCCCGACGACAUUGAUCUCAGCCUGAGGCUGAAAUACCUAGAGACGCUGAACGAGAAGCUGGAGAAGCUUCUGAGGUCAAAGUUCCACGUCUUCUGGAGUCAGGUGAUCUUCGAUCAGAGUGUGAGUCGCUUCGUGGACUCCUACCUCAGAUUCUGCCUCCGAGCACAUGAUCUGGAAGGCCUGGAAGAUUCCGGCGCAUCUGCGGAGGAACAGGCCGUGACGAAGGAGGUCAGUCGGAGGAUGCUGCAGCUCUUGGUGCGGCUAAGUCGGCCGCAGGAGAGCCCCAGCGACUACUUGUCCCAGGACAAGUUCGCACAGGUCAUCCUCGAGAGCCAGGUCUUUGACGUCCCCAAGAUUAUCGAUAUCUGCGUGAUCUAUGGCGACGCAAAUCGAAGCACUGUGACGAAGAUCGUACACUCUGCUUUUAGGUGCCAACCGCUCUUUAAGGAGGAUUUUCGUUCGGUCGUUCAGCACAUGCUGGAUGGCCUUCUCCAAUGCUGCGCGCCACUGCAGUUUGCUGCGAGGGGGCAAGCCUUGAGUGACCAGGACCUGUCAGUGAACGAGUGCCUGUCAUUCCUGCCUGACAUGCUCAGUUGUUUCAACGCGAUCUUCUGUUUCUUCCCGGAGGACUGCGUGGACAAGCUCAUGGGAGGCAGUCUCAAGGUGGAUGGCGCCAGUGGCUCUACCACUGCAGUGCCGCUUGCAGAUCUGAUGGUGCUGCUGCACGAUGCCGUCUCUGCCCUUCGAUCGAAGUCGAGCGACGGCAAAACUCAGCUGGACAGCAUCAUCAAGUUGCUCAGUCGGCUGUUGACCUGCGUCCUAGGCUUUCGCAUGGCCCCUCGGCACGGCGCGAAUGCCUUCGGCGACCUCGUGUCCUGGCUCGUGGAGCAUUCGGAAAGGACUGAGCUUAUCCAGGACCUCAGCAGGAAUGGGCUUGACAACAUUGCUAUGGAAUGGAUUGCCAGUGGCCUCGUCGAUGACACGCAGCUAGAUUACCUGGAUGAUGUGUGUGGAGCCCCACUCCUGCCCAAGGAAGCCCGGCACCGGCGGCGGCCGAUGCCUAAGGCGGCUGCGAGCGGUGCCCAAGCUGCCAGCUCGAGCUCUGCGCGGCCAGAGUCCAGUGCGUCCACAGACCGCGCGAAGAUCCGGGAGGUGCGCGAAGUCGUCGGCAACGACUACGGCGAGGGCUUCAUUCUCCAAUGUUUGCUGCACUACGGUGGCUCUGUGCCCCAAGUGGUCGGCGCCAUCUUGGAUGGCUCUCUCCCUCCGCAGUUGAGCGCGCUGCCCACGACUCUUGCGAUAGGAGCUGAGCCUACGGCGGCAGCCCCCUCAGCAGAGGUGGGUCUUUCAGCCGAAGACAAGAAGCGAGUCUUGGGCCAGGCUUGUGAUGGUUUGUGUGCGUGGCCGAGUUUGAGACUUGGGAGCGAGGGGUGCAGCAGGCUGCAGCAGGGGCUGGGGGGGGCCUGGAAAGAAAAGAAAGCACGGGAAGAACAAACAAAGGGAGUACUAGUGAGAGGGAGGAAGAGGAAGAGAGAGAGAGAGAGUUGA